AUGCCGCCAGUCUUGUCGGUUCAGACGUUCUGGUGCAAGGAGCUUCAACAAGCACGGUAUUUUUACCACUCUGCGGACAGUGCGCUGCGCGAGCUGCAGGCGAGCUUCCAGGCGCUGACCGAGAAGAUCACGCUGAGCAUGGAAGAAAUGGGUGAGCGCAUUGAUGACCUUGAGAAGCACGUUGCUGACCUGAUGACAGAGGCUGGGAUAGAAAACACCGAUGAAGAGUUGAGACUUGCCCGCGUGGCUCAGAGCACACCUCGUAAAUACAUUCGCCCCGAACACAGCGGUUGUUUCUUCCUGCAGCAGUAA